AUGACCGACUUGACACCUAUAUUCAACCAAUGUGUAAACAUAGUUCAAUCUGAGAUCAAACCAAAAAGGCCUCUACAUUCGAAAGAGCAACCUUUGUAUUUGAUUAAAGAUACCUUCAACAAAGAAUGCAUUGAAUUUUAUCAAAUUUUGAGCAACUUGAGUCAAUUGAUUACUGAAAUAAAAGCAGAAUACCUUGCCGUGUCAGACACUGCAUCCAGCUCUGCAUCCAAAGACAAAAUAGAUGAAGAGUUUAACACUCGGGUUCAGCAAUGCUUUAAGAAGAUUGGCGCUCUAGAGUCAUAUGAGCAGAAACGACAACAAAUGGUUAAAGCCACAUUACUGAAACGAUGGUUUUUCCAAGACGAUAACGAACAGGAUCUUUAUUUUACAACUGAAGCUAGUCACCGGCAUCAAGUCUUACGAUUCUUGAUGGAAUCGUUGGUUAAUUUAUCCAAAACGUAUGAGAAGAUGCAACGUAAACGAAUUCAACGUGAAAAGCAACUCAACUCAUUAAACUUUCAAAAUAUCAAUGAGGAGCUAGAAAGGGAUUUGGAUAACUCGAGGGUUUUUACCAGCUUGGAUCAAAUUCAGCAAGAUGUUGAAAAGGAGGAAGAGAAGGAGGAGGAAACACCACAAUUUGAAAUGAGUCAAGAACAAAUUCAAGAGUUGGAAUCUGAAAACAAAGAGUUACUCAAUUUGAAAACAGUACAAUUGAAGCAAGUGGACAAUAUCCAGCAAUCGAUUCUUGAUAUAGUGAAUAUUCAAAAUGAGUUAAGCUUCAAAUUACAAGAACAAGGAGACCAAAUAAACAAUCUAAUGGAUACCCAUUCCCAAGUCGAGUUGGAAGUCAAAGAAGGUAACCGAACAUUGAAUAAAGCAACAAGGAAAAACAAAAGGGGAGCUAAUUACUUGGUUACAAUUUGUAUUGUAUUGGGUUGUCUUUUGGUAAUUAUAGAUUUUCUAAAGUUUAUAUAA